AUGCGAGUUGGUUAUGAUGUGAGUGAGUACUGUAUUUUAUUUUUUAUAGGAUGUCUGGGCCUGCGCAUGCUCAGUCUGGACGUACCAACAGCCGUGAUGCGCGGGGAUUCCAUAUGGCUAAAUUGCUCGUUGGACUUGGAGUCGGACGAACUCUACUCGGUGAAGUGGUACAAAAACGAUGUGGAGUUCUACCGGUACUUGCCACGUGACAAUCCAGCAGGACAGAAAUACGAUCUCCCUGGUGUCUAUCUGGACCUGAAGAGGUCUGCACAAGGCCACGUGUAUCUAUCCCGCACCGAUUUGGACACAGAAGGCAUCUACCGCUGUGAAGCAUCUGCCGAGUCGCCGACAUUCCAAACAGUCGAGGGGGAGAAGGAAAUCAAAAUAUAUGUACUCCCGCAGGAAGAUCCAUCGAUAUUGGGUGUUCAACCACGUUAUGAAGUAGGUGAUACCGUCAACGUCACAUGCAGAGCAGGACCUUCAAGACCUGCUGCUAAACUCGCUUGGUUCAUCAAUGGCAAGAAGGCUGACUUACCAAUGGAACGGUCAUACCAGAUCGAAAAUCAUCAGGGAGGAUUGCAAACUUCAUCUCUAGGACUCAUUUUUGGAGUUCGAGAUCGCGACCUGUCUCAAGGGGCCAUCACACUGCGAUGCACAGCCACGGUCAGUCAGACCUAUUCCACAGCCAGUGAGGAGCUUGUGGUAGGAGAAAGAGAUCCUGAGCAAUCACAUCCUGGAAAUCCUAUAGCUCGUGAAGGGCCAAUCAUAACAGGCAGUCAGUCCCACUACAAAGUCGGAGACUUCAUAAAUGUGAACUGUUCAUCACCACAGACAGAACCUGCUCCCGAACUCCACUGGUACUUAAAUGACCAAGAGAUAGGCGACAAGCAUUUGGUGCGUUACCGAGGAGGCAAAGGUGGUUCACUGCUGGGGCUGCACUUGCGAGUUCUUCAACAGCACCUGGACCAAAACGAGGAGAUGCGGCUGAAAUGCACAGCAACUCUGUCACGCGUCAUCAACAUGAGGAGCGAAGAAACGACCCUAGGAGGCAAUCACAGAACUUCUGGUCUCACGGUCACUGCUGAAGACUUUGGAAAAGUUUCAGAGAGAAGCAAUGACGGCUCGUGGAGUCUUUCUGCAAGCAUUCUCAUAAUCUCCCUAUCACAACUAUGGGUAUACUUCCUCUGACGACUGAAACGCAAGUGAAAGGACAUUCAAAAGCGAGAGUUAGGCUGAAGCCUUGAUACCAUUGGCGAGUGGUCUCCGAUGUCAAUACAUUCCAGUGUCUCGUGAAGCGUAGCGCUCCAAGGAGACCUUUGUGACACUUGGUCGAUGGACGAAAGUAGUCGUCCAGUAUAAGAACCAGCGGCACUGCUAUGAGUAGUCAGUCUAAUGCAUUGAGAUAUAUUACUAACUAGAGUGCUACCGGAGCGGUCCAUUUUUGUCUGAUCGAAUCUA